CUCAACUAACGGAAACAGCACACUGGUCAGACCCUACUCACUAGUCACUAUCGCGAAGUCUUAACUUAAGUCGAUUUCGUUGCUUUGCUAGACCGUCUCGAUCCGCCAGAGUUAUGCUAGAGGAAAAGGUGGAAAGGAACUGUUUCUAGUGUUUUUUCGUGCAAUUGCGAACGAUGAGGGGCUCAUAUUAUGCCGGAUAUUUACUGUGCGGUUUUGUGUUGUGUAUUUUGAUUAGAAUCGGUGGUGGGCAUGUGGCGCUGACUUAUCCCCCUGCCCGGAAGUACGACUUGGAUUUUUUGGAUAGUUCCAGGACUAAGGCGCCAUGUGGAAUGCCCAAAGGAAAUAUUGUCACAUCGCUUCUGACUGGUAGCAAAUUCAACGUCUCUUGGCAUUUGGGAUAUCCUCAUAAGGGAGGAUACAAAUUGCAGUUAUUGGAUCAUCUAGAGAGGCCGGUACUGGAUUUAACGCCUUCCACAAAAGGAUCAGAAUUUGUCUCAAAUGAUGCAACGGCUCAAUCGUUUCAUGUACAGUUACCUAAUGAUUUCGAAUGCAAAGGAUGUACGAUAAGACUAAUCAGGCAAGCUUUGGAAUGGGGACCUAGUUACAAAUUCUGGUCUUGUGCCGAUGUGGACAUCAAGCUGAGGAGAGAAUACAGAGAAACCUGCAGCAACCAUGGAAGAAAUAUCUUGGGACGAUGUAAAUGCGACAGACUGUACUAUGGACCUCACUGUCAGUACAAAGACGAAUGUCUGGAAGAUAUAGAUUGUGGGGGACAUGGGAAAUGUAUAGAUAUUCAAGCUACCACAGCCCCAAGGCAACAGUGCUUCUGUCAACUCGGUUGGUUUGGACCUGGAUGUAAUAAAAGAUCUCCUAUCAGAAACACAGAAAUCGACUUCGAACAGUACACGAUGAAGGAGUUCAGUAGCAACUUCAAAUUCUACUGGAGAAUCCUAAAAGAGCACAAUGAGAUAGAGGCAGUGAUGGUGGUGAACGGAACCGGCUACGCAGGCGUAGGUUGGAGACCUCGUUCACUAGACAAAAGCUGCAAGAACUUCCCCCUUAUAGAAGGUCCACCCGAUGGAUCGGUUGAAGAGGGCCAGGCUGAACCCGAACCGUCAAGCGAACCUAACUCGGAACCCGAACCGAAUGCUGAACCGAAAAGUGAACCAGAACCUAGCAGCGAGCCGGAACCAACUUCGGAACCUUCAGCCGAACCAAAGAGCGAACCCGAACCUAGCAGUGAACCAGAGCCUACCUCAGAACCCACGACCACUAGCACGGAAAAGUCCAAGUAUAGGAAGAGUUUGUACUCUAGACGUUCAGCUUCCCCCACCCCCUCCAUCGAGACUCAGUCGGACGUGGUCAAAACUAGCGUCUCUUUCAAGGUCAGCAGGAAAACAGGACGUUCGAGGAGAUCUCCAGAAGAACCUAUCGCAGAACCAGAACCCAAGCGAGAAGGUGAACCUGCACCUGAACCGACAUCAGAACCGGAGCCUCAGACAGAGCCUGAAGCCAAAUCAGAACCGACCCCAGAACCCCAAUCCGAACCAGAACCCACUUCCGAACCUCAGUCAGAACCUGAACCCAACGCCGAACCUAAAUCCGAACCUGAACCCACCGCCGAACCCAAAUCAGAACCUGAACCCACCGCUGAACCCAAAUCAGAACCUGAACCCACCGCCGAACCCAAAUCCGAACCUGAACCCACCGCCGAACCCAAAUCAGAACCUGAACCCACCGCUAAACCCAAAUCGGAACCUGAACCUAAUGCCGAACCCAAAUCCGAACCAGAGCCCAAAUCCGAGCCUGAACCAUCUGCUGAACCCAAAUCUAAUGCUGAACCUAGAACUCACGCAAAAUUAGAAGUAGCAACGAAAGGAGAGAAAGAAAAACUCCAGGAACCGCUCAACCCAUACACCCCAAGACACGACUUCAGCCCCAUGGACUGUACAGACAUGGUCAUAGGUAUGGCGAGAGGUACGGCCAGCAGAAUCUUCGACUACUACACGCGCGACAGAUCCACACCAAGAACGGACACCUUCUGGGGUGGUCAGAACGAUCUGACCGGAGCCCUGGGUUUCGAGGAAAACGGGGUUACCACCAUACUGUUCAGAAAAAAAUUGGAGGCAAAAGAACCGACAGAUCAUUCGAUAGUGAACGAACUGAUGCAUGUCAUAUGGGCGCAAGGUCAAGAGAAGGGUAAAUACGUGCACGUUCCAAAGUCGGGGGUGGAGACGGAGGGUGCAUCUGUCAAAGACUUUUAUAGACCAGACGAAUUGAAGUACCAUGGGCACGGGAAACAGAGAGGCGUUACUACUAUCAAUUUCCUAGAAGAUGAGAAUAAGGCGAUCCUGCCAGCCGGAAUUGGAGCUACCAGCGAUACGGCAGAAAAUACUCAUUGCGGUGGAGAAUGGAAAACACCUCGUAAUUGCGAUUCUGCCAACUUGACCUGCGAAUACUCAGCAAAAUGGGAAUACCUUCCCAGGACCGAUGAAAUCAAGUUCACCAUCACAACCUCGCACACCGACAAGUGGACUGGAAUAGGAUUUUCUGAUAAUGAGAGAAUGUCUCAAACUGACGCUAUUCUCGGAUGGGUCGAAAAUACAGGACGUUCAUUCUUGAUGGACACCUGGAUUAUAGGUUACUCGAUGCCUUCCGUCGAUCCAUCCCAGAAUAUUGACAAGAAAGAGGGGAAAAUAGAGAAUGGUGCCACAAUUCUAUCAUUCACGCGGAAGAGAAACACUGGAGAUCCCAAGGAUUUGGCGUUCACGGACGAUAAAUGUUUAUUCAUGAUGUUCCCAGUCAAAGGGGGCGGAUUCCAUUCGGUGAAUAAAAAAACAAAGAAACACGAAGUCGUACCUGUGAUUUCUUCACAAAGGAUAUGCAUUAAAUCUUGUGGGAAUGAUGAGUUAUACGACGUUGUUGCUACAACUGAGCCACCAGGUCUAGGAUAUAACGUCGAAUUCAAAAUCCUAGAUUUGGGUGAAAACUUCAUUAUUCCAGACCCGGGCUCCGUACAGUACACUGAUUUAUCUAAUUCCAUCCAAGAGAACUUCAAUCCAAUCUUCAGGAAGCUUCCAGGCUACCGUAGAGCAUCAGUUAUGGAUUUGAGAGAAGAAAAUAAACAACUGGUAGCAGCCAUGAAUGUACAACUUGACAAAGCAGCAGUAGAAAAGGGAAGAGCACUAUCUGAUGAUACGCAAGGAAAUGAUGGAAACGUGUAUAAAAUUCUACAAGAAAGUGUCCAGAGUGGAAAAAUUGGAAAUCUCAAAGUAGAUCCCAAAUAUUUGGUCUUCGAGCCUGUAAGCGUUAUCUCAAACCUCAUCCCUGAGGCCUCAGAGACGAAAGAUUCCUUCUUCAACUUAUCAGAAACGAAACUCUACAUCGUUAUGGGCUGCAUUGCCGCAUUACUUCUGGUAGCUAUAGUACAAGCAAGUUGCACCAUCUAUAAAACCAGUGGUGCAUCCCCCAAAAGUCACAAGGACCAUCUUAUACCAAACUCCGCUUGGAAAGACUAUUCCGCAAACACGAACUACGCAUUUGACGUCUACGAAGCAGAAGAGAAAAAACAAGUACCUCAGCAAGUCAACGGCAAAUCACGGCCAGAAAACUCGACGAACACCCAGAAAUCGGGACAUAGGAUCCAGAGGCCUCAAGGACGACCUCCUAGCGUGCCAAACCAGCCUCCAAACAUGGACCACACGAGGUCGUUACAGAGGCCAGCCAGAGGGUCCUACCCUCCGGCCAAUCAACCCGACCGAAGUACCUUUUCUUUGCCUAGAACCGCAUACGACAGACAUAGGACGACGCCUAAUGACAUGCAACCUGACUUCUAUUUCAUGCCUAGUCAGAGGAAGUAUUCAGGCGAAGUAGUGAGGGUGUACGUUGAUUACAAUAAUCAACCUAAAUAAGUGCCGUAAUGGGUAAUAUAACCGCUAUGGAUUUGAUUCUCGGCGUAUCUACAUUGUAUAUCAACUGAGUGACAAUAUCUAGAAAAAACUAGACAGUAUAAUUUGGCCACAAGUGACGUAGCUGUUCGUAUAAGUUAAGCCCGAUUUCGCCAACUACGUGAAUACUGUUCACGUGUAUGACGAUUUUGGCCAGUCUAAAAGGCCAAGUUAUCGUACCAUUUUUCAACCACACAACAGUCGCAGCUAUUUUUUGAACAGACUGCAAGUUGUGGUGUGGAUGUAGUAUAUAUCCGGUAUACAUUCAUUCAUAGAAAACCAAGAUGAAUUGACAAUCUAGUUCAUUUGGAAUACCAUUACCAUUCUCUUCUAGUUGCAAUUUACUGGGUAACUAAAAAGCUUCGUCGAUCCAGCAGUAUAUGAGAAAUCCACUAAGAAAAGCUUGGUUCAAUUAUUUCCACUACCUUGCGAGAGUUGUGGUCAAAUUAGGAAUUUUCAGAUACCUGGUUUACUGCGCACCUAGUCUUCAUGUUCUUUCAUUCUUCAUAGUGAAAUUUAGUUCGAAUUUUGAAAUACAUUCAGAGAAUCAUUUUCAUCAGUGGAUAUUUGUAUAUAUUCAAAGAGACUGCUAAGUACUAUUUUAUAAAACAAUAACUCUUAGGUGGUGAUUCCACCCUCUUCUCUUCAAUACUCUUCAUUUUGAUGUGCAAUUAAUUGAAACGGCAUCAUUGUACAAACAAUUUUGUUUACCGAUUAGUUUUUCCCUAGUAGGAGAUGAAAGAAAUUCAUGAAAAAAAAAUGCAUUUUAUUUCUUUGUUAUAUUUAUUAUUAUGUACCUUACAUGUUAAAUUUUUAUAAAAUGUUUACUUACUAUGAUAUGAAAAAAUAAAGGAUCAUCUUCUUUA